AUGCUUUCUGAACUUUUCUCCCCUCUCCUCUGUAUCUUGAUGGUGCUGGGAUGUGUGUCGAAGGCCCAGUGCUUGGUGAAACCACACUCUUGUCCUCCAAUGGUACGGCUGCAGGGCCUCCCAAACCGCACGGUCCAAGCUGGGACAGCUUUCUAUUUCCCUCUUCCCCUGCCAGCCAUCCAGGGACCUUUCCAGCACUAUCAGGUGAGCUGACUGUACUGAAAGAUGCCAUUUAAAUCCAAGGGCCAUUAAUAAUGUCAACUAGAGGCUGAUAUUUCAGUAGCUUGGUAGCAAAUGCUUGUUUCAAACACACACACGAGUGGGGGACACUAUUUACUCAUUAGGCUGGGGAGUUAUGUACUACACAACUACAAUGGAAUAUGGCCCUAUAGGCCUGGCAGAAUAGUGAACUAACUCAUGGAUGAAAAGGGUUACUGAAUGAAAGUUCAUCCACUCCUUCAGGUCUCUUUGGCCAAUGAUGAUGCAAUACCAAGGUGGUUGGCGUUCACCGAGAAGACUGGCAAUCUAUUUGGCUUGGCUCUGAGGGAAGAUUGCGGGCAGUACCCCCUUAAAGUGUCCGUCGCAGGCCACUGUGUAUCCGUUACCUACUUUCAUCUUCAUGUCCUUAAUGGAACAGUGGGAGAGGGGAGCCUACUCUCUACUCACAUAAAGUAAGAAAACAUUGAUCAUUUUAAAUUAAUCAUGUGUGUUGCAUGUUUCGAUGAAUUACAUUGAACUGAAAAAACAGCAGUGUUUUUUUUUCUUCAGUGUUUCGGUAAAAAGCUGAGGGAUGGGCCCGGGGAAAUGUUACCAUUCUCAAAUUCAUAGGAAGAGCUAUAGAUGCAAGGAGUGACCAUCCAUUAUAUCAAAAUUAGAGUUUAAACCAUGUUUUGAGGCUAUACAGCUUUUGUUUGCAUUUACAUUGUUUACAAACAGAGUAAAACAUGCUUGUAUUUUGGGUUCUGAUGGGGUAUGACAGUUGAACUAAAAAUUGAUGUUGCGUUUAAGGAUUCCAGCUUUAAAUAAAGUUGUUCUGUUCAAUUUUUGAAUGUAAUUGUUAAUUUCCAAUUUAGGAAAUCAAUUUAAAUUCACUUCAUGAACUGACCGAAUGUAAUAAUACUUUUGACCCUAAUCCUGUCUUUGACAGGGCCGGUCUCGUCUGUCCUGUGGGGGAGACUGUCAUCUGGGCUGAUCUAUUGCUUCAGGUGGACACUGGCAGCUUGGACGCAGACCAACGUGUGCGGCUGACCAGCACAAUGGCUGACUAUCUGCGAAUGGCUCCUGGCUCAGUCCACCUCCUCUCGCUCAGAGGCCCCGCUGCACUGCAAAGUGAGAAAACCGGGGUGUGCAGGCAGGGUCCCCUGACUGCUGACGCUACCCAGGGAAAGGGGACCUCGGGAAGAGGGCAGGCUGCCGAGCUCUUGUGGCCGGUUGGUUGUGGGGUGGGGGAGCAGUUAUCAGACUUAGCCCUGAUUUUGGAGCACAGCACUGCCUCAGGUCGGCUGACCACCGUGUUGGGAGUCCCCAUAUUAGGGUGGAGGAUUCUCUGCAACGGGUUGCUCCCUGGAAUCAGGAGGGGCCUGCAACCCCUGCGUCAUACAGCCACCCCAACUGCAGUUCUCCCACCACCAACGCAGGUGCCAGAGUCAGUCAGACUGGAGCUUUCUCACAUACCUGUUCCGGAACCUUCUACUAGUCUGAUGAUGUCAUACCCCACAGCCAUCCUGGAGACACACACUGGGGCACCAAACCUAGAACUAACACAGGCCUCAAGUCACCCUCUUACAUCCGCUGUUGCUUGUGAGGGUGUUUUGAAAUCACCACCAUCUGGCACGAGAGACGAUUUGUUGUCCAUGCCUUCUCAAACCAUCCUUACUCAUCCCAGAGUGUUUCACACAAUCAAUGAAGAGGCCUAUAUUUCACCCAGCCACCCAAACUGA